ACCUGGCAGCGAGCUGAUGGCCCCAUGGCACCUGGCAGCCCAUGACUGUCCGGAAUGCGACGUCCAGAGGGACCAGGGAGACAGCGAGAACAUCCUCCGCUGGUCUUGGAUAGAGCUGUGGCAUCAAGUGUCUCCCUUCAGAUCUUCUUGUACUGUGGAGUCUGGUUUGAUCUUUUCUUCGCUCUUGUGGAGGUUUUCGCAGGAUGGGCAAAACUGCGCUGGAUUCAAGGCACAGUGAUGACGGCACUUCUAUGUGCAAACUACGUUCUGUGCUUCUUGCUGGAGCCCUGUCGCCUCUAUUUGGGCUACGCUGGAAACCUUGGAGAAAAGGUCCCCGAGCUCUUCCUCUUCGUCUUCCUUUGCCUCGGAUGCAUUGCGAUCCUGGUGGCACAGUUGGCGAUGGGCAGCUUCCUAGAGGACCUGCAACCUGGAAUCUGCAGUUUGGCUCCUGAACUCCCAUGCAUCUUCACCAUUGAGCAGGCAUGUUGGAUCAUCCGGCUGGCUCUGUCGUUGGGUGAGCUGCUGCUGGGCGUGAGGGCCUUGCGGAAGCUCAUUCACGAACAAUCGGCUCGCUUCUUUGUGGCCUUGGACACGGAAGGAGCUCCCUUCGAUGAUAUCGCACCGUGGGCCACAGAUAGGAGCCGCCCCAAUCUGACGGGCCGAAACAACCUGGAGAGAACUCAGCCAGAAGAUCGACAAGGCCCCCUUGCUCAAGUCUAUGGCCGACCGGCAUCGCCACAAAGGCUCCACGCGGACUGAUUUGCCAAACGGCGGUCCUGGGGUCCUGGCGCCGAGAUGAUCCGCAGGGCUUCCAGCAUCGAAGGAGAUCGCGAGGGCACCUUGGAGCAAAAGAA